CUUCUACGAUAUACCAAGAAUCUCAUUAGCCUUCCUCCAAUCCGCUAAAACAAAUCUUUCAAUAGUCUGCCAAAAACCUAGCUUAUCAACACACAGCAAAGCAAAAGGCAUGGAAGGCACAGUUCGUUGCUCUGCAAACUAUGUCCCUCUCUCUCCACUGAGCUUCAUCGAGCGGUCUGCGGAGGUUUACUCUGAUCGGACCUCUGUUGUUUAUGAAUCCAUCGAGUUUACUUGGACCUCUGUUGUUUAUGAAUCCAUCAAGUUUACUUGGAGACAGACCCGAGACCGCUGCCUCAGGCUCGCUUCCGCUCUCUCACACCUUGGCGUUUCCCGCGGCGACGUGGUUGCCGUCCUCGCUCCAAACGUCCCAGCCAUGUACGAGCUCAACUUCGGCGUCCCAAUGGCCGGGGCAGUCAUCUGCACCCUCAACGCUCACCACGACGCAGCCAUGGUCUCCGUCCUCCUCAAACAUUCUGAAGCCAAGCUCAUUUUCGUCGACCACCAGUUCCUCACAAUCGCUGAAGACGCCAUCAACCUCCUUUCACAAUCCAACUCCAAAUCCCCUCUCCUCAUCCCAAUCCCGGAACCCUCUGAAGACUACUCUCAUUCACCUGGUUUAAACUACGAAAGCCUCAUAAAAAACGGAGACCCCUGCUUCGACAUCAAGUGGCCGAUCGACGAGUGCGAUCCUAUCGCCCUAAACUACACAUCCGGCACCACAUCCAGGCCGAAAGGCGUGGUCUACACACACCGCGGCGCCUACCUCAACUGCAUCAGUUCCAUUCUCUUUAGUGAAAUAAGGACUUUGCCGGUCUACUUAUGGACGGUGCCCAUUUUCCAUAGCAAUGGUUGGUGCCUGACCUGGGGCAUAGCGGCACAGGGCGGGCUCAACGUCUGCCUCCGCGAUUUCACCGCAAAGACCAUCUUCGAGAAAAUCACCAGGUACGGAGUUACGCACAUGACCGGUGCCCCUACCAUCCUCAACAUGAUGGCAAACUGUCCGCCUGCUGACCGACAGCCGCUCGCAGCUGAGGGAAUUCGACAUAUCGGAACGGAGGCGGUCGACGUCAAAGAUCCGGAGACAAUGAAAAGCGUCCCGGCCGAUGGGAAAACAAUGGGGGAGGUUAUGUUUCGAGGCAACACGGUGAUGAACGGAUACUUCAAGGACUUAAAGGCUACGGAGGAGGUUUUUGCAGGGGGAUGGAUGAGGACAGGGGAUCUCGGGGUGAGGCAUGCUGAUGGGUAUAUUCAGGUGAAGGAUAGGCUGAAGGACAUCAUAAUCUCCGGCCUGGAGAAUAUAAGCACGAUCGAGGUCGAGUCGGUAGUUUACAGUCACGAAUCUGCGGUGGUUGGACGACCGGAUGAGUACUGGGGGGAGACGCCGUGUGCGUUUGUGAAGCUCAAGGAUGGAGCUUCUGCUGAUGCUGAGGAGAUUAUAGGGUUCUGUCGGGCUCGGCUGCCGGAUUUUAUGGUGCCCAAGAGCGUGGUUUUCGGGGAGCUGCCGAAGACUUCGACGGGGAAGAUGCAGAAGUUUGUUCUCAGGGAGAGGGCCAAGGCUAUGGGAAGCCUAUUCAUGAAUGGCGGCGGGAAAAUGCUUGAAAUAUAGUAUUCUAAAAGUAAUUGUGGAUACUGUACAAAUGAAGAAUUUCAUUUGUAAUUUGAUUUGUUGAACCAAAAAAUAAAUGGAAGUCUCAGCAAUGAUAUGGGGUUGAGAUAUGAUCAAUGUAUUAUGUUUGUUAUAUAUGAACUUAUAUUUAUUCAUUUUAAA